AUGUCCAGCGCCAAGCUAGUAGCUGACGCCGCCAAAGCAAAACUCCAUCACGAUCCAAAACAAUUUGAGAAAUCGGAGCUCGCCGGAGCUGCUGCUGACCUCCUUAACGCCGCCUCACAGUACGGUAAAAUAGAAGAGACGGGGAUCGGGAAAUUAGUCGGAAAAGCAGAGACUUAUCUCCAUAAAUACGAAACUUCUCAUCAUUCCACCACCACCGCCGCCGCGACUGCACAUACGCAGUCAUCGGGGCAUACAGGUGGAGGAAAACAUGAAAAAGCAGGAAGUGGGUAUGGUGAGUAUAUUAAAAUGGCGGAAGGACUUUUGAAGAAAAAUUCCGAUGGGAGUCAGUCGUCGGAAUCUGGUAAAAAAGGAGAUUAUCUGAAGAUGGCCGGAGAUUUCUUGAAGAAGCAUUGA